AUGGCUGGGAGAAACGAUGCUGCGAUUGCUGCUGCUUUGGAGGCUGUGGCUCAAGUUCUGGAACAUCACCCUAAUGCUGGUGAGGAUGCUGGGUCUCGCAGUUUGGCUACUUUCCAGAGGGAGAACCCGCCGGUCUUCAAAGGCAAGCAUGACCCUGAUGGAGCCUUAGAGUGGUUGAAAGAGAUCGAGAGGAUCUUUCGUGUAAUGGAUUGUACUCAAGCACAGAAAGUUCGUUAUGGGACUCAUAUGCUAGCGGUCGAAGCUGACGACUGGUGGCUAGCGACACGUCAGAGACUAGAAGCCACAGGUGAAGAGAUCACUUGGGAUGUGUUCAGAAGGGAGUUUCUGAGAAAGUAUUAUCCAGAGAGCGUCCGUGGUAAGAAGGAAAUUGAGUUCCAUGAAUUGAAACAAGGGAACAUGUCAGUGACUGACUAUGCUGCUAAGUUCACCGAAUUGGCCAAAUUUUAUCCGUACUAUGAUGGAGAGGGCGCAGAGUUUUCAAAAUGUGUUAAGUUUGAAAAUGGGCUACGCUCUGAGAUCAAGAAGGCUAUAGGAUAUCAACAAAUCCGCGUUUUUCCUAACUUGGUAGACAGCUGCAGAAUCUUUGAGGAAGAUAAUGCUGCUCACUAUAAGAUUGUCAGUGAUAGAAGGGGCAGGCAGAAUCAGCAACGUGGCAAGCCUUAUGACACUCCAGCUGGCAAGGGCAAACAAAGAGCUGCUCCGGGCCAGAGAACAAGUGGGGGAGGUGCUCCUGCUCCGAUUGUGUGUUUUAAGUGUGGGAAGGCUGGUCAUAAGAGUACUUACUGCACUGAUGACGUUAAGAAGUGUUUCCGUUGUGGCAAGACUGGUCAUAUGAUGUCUGAAUGCAGACAUAAAGAAGUGGUUUGUUUUAAUUGCGGUGAAGAAGGACACAUUGGAAGUCAAUGUCAGAAACCCAAGAAGGCACAAACUGGUGGAAAGGUGUUCGCUUUGGCUGGUACUCAUACAAGCACUGAGGACAGACUCAUUAGAGGUACUUGCUUCAUCAAUAGUAUGCCUUUAAUUACUAUUAUUGAUACCGGUGCUACUCAUUGUUUUAUUGCUGCUGCAUGUGUUGAAAAGUUGGGUCUUGUACUAUCUUCGAUGAAUGGCGAGAUGGUAGUUGAGGUUCCAGCUAAAGGAUCUGUGACUACAUCUCUUGUUUGUUUGAAAUGUCCGUUGUCGAUCUUCGACAGGGAAUUUGCUGUUGAUUUAGUAUGUUUACCGUUGGCCGGGCUAGACGUAAUUUUGGGAAUGAACUGGUUAGAAUAUAACUAUGCUCACAUCAAUUGUUAUAACAAGACUGUGAGAUUUUCAACUGCCGAAGAAGAAGAAGCUGGCUUAGUGUCGUCAAAGCAGGUACGACAAUUGUUGAAGGAAGAAGUAGAGAUGUUCUCGUUGAUGGCAACAUUGUCAAUCAAGAAUCAGAACAUCAUCGAUGAAUUACCGGUGGUAAGAGAAUUCCCUGAAGUUUUUCCCGAUGAGAUUCCUGAUGUGCCGCCAGAAAGAGGAAUUGAGUUUACAAUUGAUCUUGUACCUGGUACCAAACCUGUUUCUAUGGCACCGUACAGGAUGUCUGCAUCUGAGUUGACAGAAUUGAAGAAGCAAUUAGAAGACUUACUGGAGAAGAAGUUUGUCAGACCAAGUGUAUCGCCGUGGGGAGCUCCGGUGCUGUUAGUAAAGAAAAAGGAUGGAAGCAUGAGACUUUGCGUAGAUUAUCGACAGCUGAAUAAAGUAACCAUUAAGAACAAAUACCCGCUACCGAGAAUAGAUGAUUUGAUGGACCAAUUGGUAGGUGCCAGUGUUUUUAGCAAGAUCGAUCUGAGGUCGGGUUACCAUCAGAUUAAGGUCAAAGAUGAAGAUGUACAGAAGACAGCGUUCAGAACAAGAUAUGGACAUUAUGAAUAUUCGGUGAUGCCAUUUGGAGUUACGAACGCGCCAGGAGUAUUUAUGGAAUAUAUGAACCGUAUCUUCCAUGAGUAUUUAGAUCAGUUCGUCGUGGUGUUCAUAGACGACAUCUUAAUAUAUUCUAAAUCAGAGUCAGAGCAUUCAGAUCAUUUGAGGACGGUAUUGCAAGUGUUGAAAGAAAGGAAGUUGUAUGCGAAGUUGUCCAAAUGUGAAUUUUGGUUGAAAGAAGUCAGUUUUCUGGGACAUGUCAUAUCUGGUGGUGGCAUUGCUGUAGACCCAUCUAAGGUAGAUGCUGUGUUACAAUGGGAGACUCCAAAGUCAGCUACCGAGAUCAGAAGCUUCUUGGGCUUGGCCGGUUACUAUAGACGGUUUAUUGAAGGAUUUUCUAAGUUGGCGCUUCCAUUAACUAAGUUGACGUGUAAGGGUAAAGUGUUCAUAUGGGAUGCACAAUGUGAAGAAAGUUUUGUGGAAUUGAAGAAGAGAUUGACGACAGCCCCGGUUUUGACAUUACCAAACCCAGGAGAACCUUUCAUAGUUUAUUGCGACGCUUCUUUGAUGGGUUUAGGUGGUAAGGAGCUGAACAUGAGACAGCGAAGAUGGUUAGAACUGCUGAAAGAUUAUGAUUUCGGGUUGAAUUAUCACCCCGGUAAGGCGAAUGUUGUGGCUGAUGCCUUAAGCAGAAAGACCUUGCACAUGUCCGCUAUGAUGGUUAAAGAAUUGGAAUUGAUCGAACAAUUCCGAGAUAUGAGCUUAAUUUGUGAAGUGACACCGCAGAGUGUUAAGUUGGGAAUGCUCAAAAUUGACAAUGACUUUCUGAACAGUAUCAAAGAGGCUCAGAAAUUGGAUGUGAAAAUGGUGGACAUUAUAGUUGGUUGUGGCAAAUCCGAGAAGAGUGAUUUUAAGGUGGACGCACAAGGAGUGUUGAGAUUGCGGAAUCGAAUCUGUAUUCCGGAUGAUAAUGAUAUGAAAAGGAUGAUUUUAGAAGAAGGUCAUCGGAGUAACUUGAGUAUUCACCCUGGAGCUACUAAAAUGUAUCAAGACUUGAAGAAGAUAUUUUGGUGGCCGAGGAUGAAAGAAGAUGUGGCGCGGUUUGUUUAUGCUUGGUUGCCUAAUACUGCAAGUGGACACGAUUCAAUAUGGGUGAUCGUUGAUAGGCUUACCAAAUCAGCUCAUUUCAUACCUAUUAGCAUCACGUAUCCGGUGGCAAAGUUAGCUGAGAUCUAUGUCCGAACGGAUGGUCAAACUGAAAGGACUAUUCAGUCUCUAGAGGAUCUGUUGAGAGCGUGUGUUCUCGAGCAAGGAGGCUCGUGGAGCGCUCAUCUUCCAUUGAUCGAGUUUACUUACAAUAACAGUCAUCAUUCUAGUAUCGGGAUGGCACCCUUUGAAGCGUUGUAUGGUCGGAGGUGUAGGACUCCGCUAUGUUGGCACGAAUCUGGCGAAGGCGUAGUACUUGGACCAGAAAUUGUACGAGAAACCACAGAGAAGGUAAAAAUGAUUCGGGAGAAGAUGAAGGCUUCACAGAGUAGACAGAAAAGUUAUCAUGAUAAACGAAGGAAGGAGUUAGAAUUUGAAUCAGGUGACCAUGUGUUUCUAAGAGUCACACCUGUGACUGGUGUUGGUCGUGCUCUGAAGUCAAAGAAGCUGACUCCACGAUUUAUCGGCCCUUAUCAGAUUUCAGAGAGGGUUGGUACUGUUGCUUAUAGGGUGGCGUUACCGCCUAACCUGUCGAAUCUGCACGAUGUGUUUCAUGUGUCACAGCUUCGGAAGUAUGUUCCGGAUCCAUCUCACGUGAUUCUUAUGGAUGACGUGCAAGUAAGAGAGAAUCUUACAGUAGAGACGAUGCCGAUACGGAUCACGGAUCGCGAGAUAAAGUCCCUUAGAGGUAAAGAUAUUCCACUGGUGAAAGUGGUAUGGACGGGGACUACCGGAGAGAGCAUGACGUGGGAAAUGGAGAGCAAGAUGCGAGACUCCUAUCCCGAGUUGUUUGAACGAGACGCGGUGGUAAACGAUAUUGAGAACAUGUGGAAAAUCGGUGAUGGUAGUAGCAUUAAGGUUAUGAAUGAACCUUGGCUUCCGUGGAGCAAAGAAGGGUGUUUAGGCGGACCGUUUACUCAAGGAGUGUAUGAUCUUUAUGUUAAUAAUCUCAUGCUACCAAAUUACAAACAGUGGGAUGUGCUAGUUAUUAACUCAUUGUUUGAUCAUGUAGUGGCAGGUGAGAUUUUGAAUGUUCCUUUGAUGGAGGAAAUGGUUUAUGAUGGGCUGGUUUGGAAGGAGGAGGGGAAUGGAGAGUAUAGUGUUUAA